AUGCUACCUGACAAGGACGGUCCAGCUGUUGGCGGGGGUCAGGGCUCCCCGGAAGGAGAGGACCCCUCUGUGGCUCUGUUCAGGGAAUACCUUCGCCUUAAAACCGUCCACCCUGACCCCGACUAUGAUUCUGCUCUCAGGUUCUUGGACCGAAUAGCUGCACAGCUGGAGCUGCCCAUGAAAAAGAUCGAGGUUUGUCCGGGCAGGGUUGUGUCCAUCAUGACGUGGGAAGGGACGAAGCCCACCCUGAAAUCCGUCCUCCUGAAUUCCCACACGGACGUCGUACCUGUUUACCAGGAGCACUGGAAAUAUGAUGCAUUCAGUGCUAUCAAAGAUGCUGAGGGUAACAUUUAUGCCCGUGGAACUCAGGACAUGAAAUGUGUGACUAUACAGUACAUUCAGGCGGUCAGGAGACUGAAGGCGCAGGGAUGGAAACCGACACGCACCGUGCAUUUAAUGUUUGUUCCUGAUGAGGAAGUCGGGGGACACAAGGGAAUGGAGACAUUUGUGACACAUCCAGAGUUUCAAAGAUUAAACAUUGGAUUUGCUCUGGAUGAAGGUCUGGCCAAUCCCACUGAGGCUUUCACUGUAUUCUAUGGAGAAAGAAACCCUUGGUGGAUUACUGUCCGCUGCCCAGGUAGUCCUGGUCAUGGGUCGAGGUUUGUGGAAAAUACAGCUGCAGAAAAGCUGCGACAAGUCAUCAACUCUUUCCUGGACUUCAGGGAGAAGGAGAAACAUUGGUUAAACACCAGCGAGUGUUUCACUCUGGGAGACGUCACCACUGUGAAUAUGACCAUGGUUAGAGGAGGUGUGGCCUACAACGUCAUCCCAGCUGAAAUGGACGUCAGCUUCGACUUAAGGAUCCCUCCCACAGUAAACCUACAGGAGUUUGAAAAGCAGAUCAAGAAGUGGUGUAAGGAAGCAGGAGAGGAUGUCACGUAUGAGUUUGCUCAGAAACACAUGAACCAGAAUAUCACAUCCACGGCUGAGAACGAUCCUUGGUGGAGUGCCUUCAGCACCGCCUGCAAGUCAAUGAAUAUGACUCUGGAAAAGGAGAUAUUCCCAGCUGCCACCGACAGUCGGUUCAUCAUCAGAGCGGUGGGAAUCCCUGCCAUCGGCUUUUCUCCAAUGAACAGGACCCCCAUUCUGCUGCACGACCACAACGAGUAUCUGAAUGAACGAGUCUUCCUGAACGGCAUCGGCGUGUACGAGAGGCUCAUCCCCGCUCUGACGAGCGUUGCUGCCUCACCGGACGAGGCGUAGUCGAGCUUUAAUCCU